AUUGAGUAUACCUACAUGUUCGUUUUAUGAAUUUAAAUUUCCUGUGGUUAAAGCGUUUUAUUUGGACACAAAAAGUGCCGAAAGACAGACUAUUCUUCCACCAAUUGAUGCACUAUACAACAGCCUCUUCGCCAACCUAUCUGCCAGCUACCCUUCACAUCUCUUGCGGAAACGAUGGGAGUCGUCUGUGGCGGCGUCGUCGAUGGGUGCGACAUCGGUCUCAUCAGACCUGAACAGCACCAGCUACCUCCCUUUUAUCGGUACCGCUCGACUUCAUCCCAAGGAGCUCACCCCUACAGUUCGGCGGGAUGACAGUUCACAGCCUCCUAGUUUCUGCUACGGUUGCACGGCCGAGCUUGGAAAUCAACCAGAUAUCAAAGCACCUCUGUUCUUUCUUGACAACCCAGGUGAUAGCACGGAUGAUGACCGAUUAGGCAUCGAGCAUGCGCAGUUGGUUCCACAAAAUGGCCCCGCCCACCAACACGUUGCUACCACCCGAGUCUGCUACGGCUGCUCUCUCAGCAAACUACCACAUGUGCAUGUGACGAAGCCACGUCGAGUAGGUGGUGGAUACACCAUGGUACGCCAAGCUGUCGAGCCUUACAGCGGAGACAAACACAAAAAUGGCGGUUCGCCCCCACCCUCAACAUAUAUAUCAGAUGACAUGUCUUCAGACGAUGAGGACAUCGAAAGCCACUUCGAUGCCGUGAUCGACGAAGAAGAAAGGGGGAUUUUAGAUUACAUCAAUGUCGCAAAGCUGGAUGAGCCAACGCUCCCGCUCCCGUCAAUCCCGCGGGAGAAACCACUCCCGAUCCCACUUUGUAUCAUGGAAAAGAUCAAAGCUAAAGAUGUAAAGGCAGUCAGCUUGCAUGAACGACAUUGCUACGCUUGUCGCGAAGCUCUCAAACACUAUUGGCCGGAAUACUUUACCUUGAGAGACGAAUCAGAUGGCUCAACAUCCGGGGUCGGCACCUCUAUCGGCUCAGAAGCCUUGGAAGAAGAAGAGCGCCGCCAAGAGGAAAGAAAAAGACAGUUAGAGGAAGCACGACAAUUGAGACGAGAAGAAGAGGCAAGGCGAAAAGAAGAGGAAGCAGAGAGAAGGAAAAAUCUUUACAAACCUCCUAAAGCAUUCCAGCUGAAGAAGACCGACAAGAAAGAGAUUGAAUCCAAGGAUCCCUUCUCGACAGAUCGAAAUCUGAACAUUCCAAAGAGCGAAGGGUUCAAACUCACGAAAACCGAGAAGCAGACGACGAAGUUUAUCGAGCAUUCCCGACAGGAAACCGAAUGGAAAGAGCCGAAGAAAUUUGAACUUACGAAGACGGAACCGAAAACAACAAAAACGGGCUGGAAGCCUCCGGAAAGACUCGAAAGACUUAGACCUGCGACUCCGCCUACGCCGCCACCUCCACCGAAAGGAAAGAAACCCACAGUGCCCAUCGAGCCGAAAAAGCGCGAACCUCCUCCAAAGAAACCCGAUCCUCCAAAGCAGGUCGAAAAGCCAAAGCCGAUUGAAAAGCCUAAACCUGUUGAAAAGCCAAAAGAACCUCCUCCACAGAAAAGAGAGCCAAAGCCUGAACCAAAACCGAAACCGGCACCAAAACCUGUUGAAAAACCAGUAAAAGAACCCCCUAAACCGAAGGAAGUCCCAAAACCAAAAGAACCACCCACAGAGAAAGUGCAACCGGAGCCAAAACAGCGACCACCGAAGGAGCCUCCUCCCCCUCCCCCGAAGAAAGAAGUAACUAAGAAAGUUGAACCGGUCAAGACGGAGCCUCCAAAACCCAUUGAGAAACCGAAGAAAGUCGAAGAACCUCCUAGGAAGGAGAAACCGGAGAAGGAAAAGCCGAAACCGAUCGAAAAGGAGAAACCCAAACCGGUUGAAAAAGAGAAACCCAAACCGGUCGAAAAGGAGAAACCCAAACCGAUAGUAAAGGAGAAACCCAAACCGGUUGUAAAGGAGACAACCAAACCGGUGGUAAAGGAGCAACCGAAAAAGGAAAUCCGACCAGUCAAGAAACAAGAGCCUCCGACGAAACCAGUAGCAGCAGCUCCCAGUAAUCGAGCACCGCCUCCCCCACGCAAACCCAGCCCACCUCCACCAAAGGAACCAACACCGCCUCCUCCCAAAGACCCGACCCCGGUACCACCCCCAAGAGACCCUACGCCGCCGCCUCCACCGAAGCCGAAGAAAGAAAUAAAACCUCCACCCGAGAGAAAGAAACCACAGAAACAGAAAAAGAAAACUAAAAACAAGAAACAGGAUGCCAAAUCAUCCAAGGAAUAUGUCAAGAUACCCAUUAUUCCAUAUAAGUCACCAGAAAAAGAUCGGACACCUCCACCGAAACAAGAGCUCCCUCCAUCUCCCCCCGAAGAACCUGUACAGAAAGUUAUCCCCGCCCCUGAGCCGGAGCCAGUGAAACCCGUCUCACUUCCAACCAAGGAAAAAGAGUCUAAGCCGAAGGUUAAUCCUCCUAAGAAGAACCGACGAGCGAAGCUUCCUAAGCGGGUGAGGAAAGAAGUCAAACCCCUUGGAGUGGCAGCGCCUAUGCCAGUCAGGCCACCGCCAUCGGAUCAUUGGGAAAUGCCCGACACUGGGCCACGGGUUGCGGACAUUUCUGUGCCUGCGUUCCCAGUGCCUGCCCCCGUAGAACCACAACUCCCACCUCUUCCUGAGAUUCCUGUCCCUCAACCAGCCCCGAAGCCAGUCGAGGAACCCGUUCCUGAGCCCCGGAAACGACCUAUGCCCCUGCCACAGAAACCCGAGCCAAUCAUGUGGAGGAGACGACCUGAAUAUAAACCUAAGAAGAAGAAAUGGAGGAAGGUUGAAGCCGGUAGCCCCCCUAGCAGCCCGGACCCAGCCGUGAGGGAUCCACUCGACUAUCUUGCCAAGUACUGCAUUGUCCACAAAGAACGUGUGCCACAUUACCAGCGCGUCUUCAACACCCAACUCCGGAGUACGGGGAUCAGCGUUGAAGAUCGUACGUUAAGGCAAUGGAUGAACACGGCGUCUUCGGACAGGGCAGCGGGUGACCACGACAUCGACGACCAGUCGGAGACGGGAUCGAUGACCACGGAGCAGUCAUCUGGAUACGGAAGUGCAAUAGUGAGGCCAGGCGAGGUCAAUCUCGGGUUCAAGAGUGACUUGGAAGAGUUUAGUGCUACCUUUAAGACCACACCCAUGGAGGUCAAUGAAGACGACUAUGUUAGUCCGAUGAAACUGGACGAUGUCGAAGGUGGAGGCGGUAAAGGCGAUGUCAAAGAUGACGAUGUUGACAGCGGCAGAGCUGACAGCGCCUCAAGCGACGACCCACAGAGAAUGUUGAAAGCAAAGAUUGCAUCUUAUGGAAUCAAUGACAAAUUUGACGUCGAAGAAAAACUGGAUAGGAGCCGCUUUAUGCUAGAGAGACAAGAACAGAAAGUAGCCACUUUGAAGGAGAAAGUUUCGUACUUAGAAACUUCUCGGAACAAGGCGAUCGCGGAUAUUGCAAGAAACGAGUUCCUUGAGAUCUUCCGCUUUGACUGGGACCCAGAUGCUGCAGCAGCAGCCGAGGCAAAGAAGAAGAAGGAUAAAAAGUCAAAGAAGAAAAAGAAAGACAAAGAAUCCAAGACAUCGGGACCAAAAAGUGUGAUAAUUGGCCAUGCAGACACAUCGUCAGCUUCACCACCACUGUCAUCUUCAUCGUCUACCAAACCAAUAGAAACAGAAACAACGAAAAUUGGCAGUUUGGGAUUCCCUAUCCUGAAAAAUGGGACCGACGAGUGGGUCUUGAGCAGAAUGACCGAAAAACAGGUUGCCAUGGCCGAGACUGAUGCAGAGGUUUACAGACUCACCGUUAGUAAACAAAUCACGGAGGAGAGACUGGAAGCAGCGAAUAAACAAGUCAGAGAACUAGAAGGUGAAAAGAAGAUGUUGGAGGAUCUUGAAACGAGGAUGAAAGACAAUGAAUCGUCCGAUCGGAUGGCAUCCAAACCAGAGUUUAGAAGGAAACAGAGCACUCUCUUCAACAUGAUGAACCAAGAACAGCCGUUCGAAAUCGAGACGGCGAAUGUGGAAAGCCUAUUGCAGAGAGUCAACAGUCAUUUAAUAUCAGAAAAGGAAUGCCAAUAUGUGUACCACGUUCUUGAUUUACCUCAGCGUCAUCGAAUCGAUUUUAAGCUCUUCACCAUCGUUGCAGCUUUGUCCGAGAAAAUAUCAAGGCUAGACCCCUUUAUCAAGAAACUGAUCAACAAGAUCAACUUUGAGGCUCUAAAUGUGAAGAUGGACCGAGCCAAGGAGUUGUUCUAUCUCCUAGAGGACGAGGAGGAGCAUGGUUUUCCUGGUGAGGUUCCCGUCAAGAACCUUCAGGUUGAGCUGGAGGCAGGUGGCCUCCGGAAAGAGCAUGUUGAUCUGGUGAUGACAAAGUUCACUCGAGAAGGGAAAGCAACGGUGGACUUUCUGGACUUCUUGACCUACAUCCCCCUCUUCAUCGACCUGCAUGAGAACAUUGUCUCAGAUCCUCUCUACGCUACCAAGGACCUGUGAUGAGGGUACCUACAGUGAGUCAUUCACAUCAAUUAGACUUGCGAUGGACUGGUCAGGGGAGCGGUUUAUCAACAUUUUUGUCCCAACAAGUUGUCAGAUCUGACAACUUUCCUUGGUGUAUAUUGGCUAAGAAUCGGUGUUACUAUGGUAACGGUAAGAUAAAAUGGGACUUUUCGGAUAAACGUCCAACAACCCCUUUCACGAAGCGCUUCCCAGAGGAAUGCAAGAUGACGAGGAUGCACAUCAAGUCGCUCGAAAGUCGCUCGAAGGAGUUAGAUGGAAUUGUAUCCUACCGAUGCCAUAAUAAUUCCUUGAAGAACAAGGAAACUAAUAACACCAGAGAAGUACAUCACAGAGGGUCUUCCUCUUUAGCGCUAGUAGUGAAUCUCCAAGAAUUAGAAGACAAAAAAUUCAAUCUAUUUAGAGUCCAUUAAUUGAUUUAAAAUUGAACUCUGUAAAAAUUUCCAUUCUGGAGUGUGUGCGUCAAAUAUGAAACCAUAAAGUCUGUUAAAUGUAAGUGCUAUCAUUGUCAUAAUUGUAGAUAAUAGUAUUAUAUAUAUUUAUUAAGGCACUUUUGUAGGUUGCUGAACAAUUAUACAGCAAUUAAGGGCGAAAUAGAUUGUGAUAUUAAGUAUUUCAACAUUCAUUUUUUUCAAUUUCACUAUCAAUAUUCGAUACUUCUUUCUUUUACUGUAAGAGCUACUGGCAUGACUACGAUUUUGUUUAUUAUACCGUCCAACAAAUAUAACAUUCAAGUUAUUCAACAAAUAAUGCAGUAUUAUUCUUCACUAAUACGAAUCCAGCAUUAGUAGUAUUGAUAGCAUUUCGUUAUGCCCUAUCUAGUGCUAGUGUCUGCUUUAAAUGAUAUUUAAAUAAGUGUUGCAAUUAAAUGCCUUGUAGCAAACAUACUCUUUUCUAUUUCUUAAUGUUAAAUAUGAUUACUAUAGCAUACUCAUAUUGUACUCAACCUAUGGCAAUCAAGUAGUGUGUUUAGCUUUGAUUUAGAAUACAAAGUUUCGUGUAAAUAGGGUUCAUUGGUUUACAUGUACAUACACAGAAAACUAUCUAGAGAAUGUGAAUUUAUUCAUUCUAGUUUUUUAAGUGUUUUCUCUUCUUUUGUAUUGUUUGUGUAUUAUUUUCCCUUCGCAUUUAUCCAUGCUGUCACGUUCUUUCGCUCCAUUUGUUUUGUUAUUCCUACAUGUGCAUGUUGCUUGAAACCUGUAAACGAUAUCAAGACAAUGGAUUUCGACACUUUUCAUACAAUUUUUUCCUUUGACAGCCCCUCCCACUUCCCCUCUGUCACGCUCUUCUUGAAAGAUUUGUUUCUAUUACCGGUUUUGUGCUUCUCUUCACGUUAUACAGUGAUGUAAAUCGUGUGAAUAAGCGUGCAAUCCCACGAUAUAUAUUCUUGGUAUAUUUGUGGCGCCAUGAUACAUACUUAUCCAAUAUUAUUAUUCAAAAUUGUUUACUUGGUGUGAUCUAUAUAUUGGGGUAAAGAAUAAGGCAAUCGUAUGUGUUACUGAAAGCAAUGAACGAAUUAGAUAUACAGUGUAUUUUUUUACCUCACGUUUUGUCAUGGUAACCUUAAAAUGGUCUUUCACCACUAAGACUAUGACGUCACAAUGCUUAAUUCGUGUAUACUGCCUAACGUGUUAAACAUCACGGUUGAUAUAUAUGUGUAGUAUAGGCUUAUAUAUUUGCAUUAAUGCUCGCAUAUAUCGAAUUAUUACAAAUGUACAAUUAUUUAUUAUUGACUUGAUAUGAACCGUCACAUUUACUAUAGUGUCUUAAAUGUAGUGUAGGAACAUUUCAUCUUGCCAUCGUGUUUUAAAGAACGCUGUGUAUUAUUUUAAAAGUAGGUAUAAGAUAAGGGAAACAUUGAAACAUAAUUGAAACAUUGCGCUCUUAAAUGUUCUGAGAUGUUAUUUUUUAUUUAUCAUUUUAACAGAAUGCAUCCGUUUGCAUAGAACUACAUGGUAUAUAGAAUUCGGAAUCCAAAUGUAGAUGAAGUGUUAUAAAUUGUAUCGAAUUUAUAUUACCACAGGUUUCAUGUUAGAUUAGUAAGUAGACUGAGAAACAUGUGUACCAAACUAAAUGAUUAACUUGACAUAGAAGGGGGAAUACUUAUGUAUUUGGUAUAUGAAUUCAAGAUAACUUGACGUUAUAAUGUGCAAUGCUAACAAUAAUUAACUAAUUUGCUAUGGCGUAUAAACCUGCUGGGUUAUUACAUGAAGCAAUAAAAUAUAGAUUAAUUUACACAGAA